AUGUCGUCCAAGGCCAAGGUUGGCUCCUGGCUCGGCGAUGGCGCUGGCGCGGCCAAGAAGGACGCCAACGAGAGCGACUCGGAGUCGUCCGCUGCGUCGGUCGUGAGCGAUAUUGAGGAGCCGCCCAAGGCGAACGAGGUCGACGAGCUCGAUGACGACGACGAUGAGCUUCAGACCCCGGACGAGAGCUCACGCGAGCUCAACAUUGACUGGGAGGUCGUGCUUCCCAAGGUGCGCCCGGCGCUUCUCGACCGCAGUGGAAAGAGGAGGGAACAGUUUGCUGCCCGCUUCCUCUAUGUUACCGACGAGGCUCCGGCUCCGGCUCAGGUCCCUGCUCUUCUUCCUCCCCUCCUCCAGUCAUUGAUCGCCAUGAGCGACCUCAAGGCUAUCGAGCUCACGAGCAACGUUCUUAUGGCGCUUGUGGCGCGUGACGAGAGGCAACAGUCUGCGCUCAAGCUCGGCGACAAGCUUGUCAAGUGGGGUGUCGCCGAGGUGGAGAAGGCCGCCGCUGCACCCAAGUCGACUACAUCGCUUGCCAUUGUGCCCCAGCUCAUCCUCUUUGAGGCUCUCAUUCUUGCCCUUGCGGCUGUGACCGAUGCCGUGGAGGUGCGCUCAGCCACCACUCGUGCGGCCCGCGCUCUUCGCAUUCGCCACAAGGUCAACAUUCGUGUGUGGCGCGUUAUCCGCCAGCUCAAGUUCCACCUUUCGGCCGUCAUUACCAUCCUUGCCACUAAGGGUACCCACCCUGUUCGCGCCGCAGUCCUGCUCGGCCACGUCGUUGGUGUGGCUCUCCGUGUCCGCAUGAACAAGGGCAAGCCCGAGGGCCGUGCUGUCAUCGAGGCCGAGAAGGAGGUUAUCACCACCUACUACUCGACCAACAUCCUUUCGACAAAGGUCGCUCUCCCCCCACACGUCCCUCUCGCACUCCAGGAGUUCCUCGCCAACUUUGUGACCGAGGAUGUUCUCGUCGGCAAGCUCAUCCCUACCGCCGAGCGCAUGCUCCUCCGCUCGCCUGAGAUUGCUCUCACCCUCACGGCUGACCUGAUCGACUCGUGCAAGGUCGACAUUUCGUCCAUCAUCCCCGCAAAGCUGGUGCCUGCCGUCCUGUCGGCAUCCAAGUCGUCUAACGCCGAGACUCGCGCCAAGUCGAUUCUCCUGCUCAAGGCUAUCGUCCGCAAGACUUCUUCUCCCGAGGCUCUUGCGAAGCUUGCGACAGAGCUUCUUGCCCUCCCCAAGACCGGCAAGACUGCCAGUGCCGAGCAGCGUGUUGCCCUGUACACCAUGGUUUCGGCCCUCCCUGAGGCUGCAGCGUCGGUCGUUGUUGACACUCUUCCUCCUAUGGUUGCCAAGGAGGCCAACGAGGCUGCACUCAACGCCCUCGCUGCUGCCCUCGGUAACCAUCUCGCCGCCGUCCUCGUUUCGGACAAGGCCGUUGCCGCUGCUUCUGCCACCGCCCUCGCCAAGGAGCUUGCCUCGACCAAGCUCCCCACUCGUCGCGCUGUCUCCAACUCAGUCGGUACCGCUGUCUGGUCGGUCUACACCAACAAGGCUACGUUUUCUGCCGAAGGAGAGAAGCUCGUGGCCUCGUUUGCCCCUGCGCUUGAGAACAACCUCAAGACCGCCGCCGCUAACCCUCCCGCCAACUCCGCUGGCUUCCUCGAGGGUUACGUUGCGGUUGCUCUUGCCCUUGGCCCUCUCAAGUCGGUGGCAGGUGCGGCCAAGCUGGCGUCCAGUCCCGCGCUCGAGUCGGUCCUCACCGUCACCCCCAAGCCGUCGUUCAUCCUCAACCACAUGGCCUACACCAAGCUCACCACCGCAGAGGAUGAGAUGUGGCUGCUGCACGCCUUGAGCGUGUUGGUGGAGAACAACGCCGAACUUGGCCCCGAGGCGGUCCGCGUUGCCAUUGGUCUCGGUCUUAUCCACCUUGCAUUUGAGUCCAAGCACUCGCAGGUGCGCCGUGAGACUUUCUCGACCGUCACCAAGCUCUCCAAGGUUCAGCCUCGUCUCACGGCCCAGGUUGUCCGGGAGUCGCUCUCCGUCUGGCUUGGUUUGCAGGACGGGCUGCGUAUUGCUGCCCGUGCCAAGCGCCAGGUUGGUGAGGAGGACGAGGGUCACGUCUCGCGCUCGCGUGAGAUUGGCCGUCUCCUCUUGGCCGCGGUUACCCCUUCGGACAAGGCCGAUAAAGCCACGCUCGAGGACAUUGCCGCCGACUUUGUUGUGCUCGCUCACCACCCCGAGAUUGGCGAGGAGUCGUCGGUCUCGUGGAUCACGAUUGUUCAGCACCUUGGUCUGGACCCUGCCCGCCUCGUCCAGAUCCAUCACCAGGUCAUCCUCAAGAAGCUGUGGGAGUCUGCCUCUGCUCCCCCCAAGGACUCGCGCUUCGCGGAGGCCGCCUACCGUGCUAUUGCCACUCUCGCAUUCCUGGACCCCGUUGAGUUUGUUGCCGAUGUCCUCGCCAAGGCCAAGAGCGACCUCGACCCCGCCGCCCUCGAGUUUAUCGGUCUUGAGGAGCGCGGUAUCUGGGCCACUCCCGCCGACCAGCUCUACGUCGAUGUCCUUACCCCCAAGAAGGAGGGCGAGAACAAGAACCGCAAGAACUAUGCGGACGAAAAGUGGGAGCAGGAGGUUCGCGACGAGCUUGCCAAGAAGAAGGCCACUACCAUUGCCAAGAACCUGUCCAAACAGGACAAGGCUCUUGUGGCGGCUCAGCAGGCCAAGGAGGCCGACAUUCGCGCCCAGAUUGCCAAUGUCCAGGCUCGCCUUCGCCGCGGCCUCGAGCUUGUCGCUGCUCUUGCCGACUCGCACGUCUCCGCCGUCGAGAACCAGCUCGACACCCUUGCCAACCUCCUCCUUCAGAGUGUGUUCGGUCCUGGUGCGUUCCUUGUCGACAGCCGCUCGUUUGAUGUCUUCAUCAAGCUCAGCUCACUCGCCAACGACCGUCUUGGCGAGUACCGCCGUAUGGUUGCCGCUGCUCUCCUGCGCAGCUACAACGCUCCCUUCAUCCCCGAGGACUACCUUCACGAGGAGGUGGGCGACCUUGUCACUCGUAUCAUGCACGAGGUCAACUUUGUUGCCUCGAGCUCGCCCCUCGACCCCGUCACGUUCACUCUUGUGAGCAUGCUCAACAAGCAGAUCGUCAACCUCGGCGGCAUUGGCUCCGACUCGGCUCAGAGCGAGCAGGCUCAGGAGCAGCUCACCCUCGUUGUUGCCAUUAUCAGUGCCUGCGUCGGCGAGUUUGAGAACGACCAGUACCCUCGCCUGUCGACGGUCCGCGACCUCAUCCAGAUCAUUGGCGGCCACUCGCGCCUGGCCAAGGACGGCUCGGCUGCCCUUGUGGACCUCGGUGCCGCCAUUCGCGACGUUGCUACCCCCGACGAGAUCAGCGAGAUGAUUGCUGGCACUCUAUCUGCCGAGUCCAACGUGCGCAACUCCGCUCUCCAGGCCCUCCAGCCCGUCGACCUUACCGAGCUCAACUACUCGGAGGAGCUUUUCAUUGCCACCCACGACAAUGACGAGACCAACGCUGCCCUCGCCGAGCACCUCUGGGAGGACAAUGGUCUCGAUGUUCCCGAGACUUACCUCGACUCGCUCAUCCGCUACCUUGCCCACUCGAGCGCUGCUGUCCGUGCCGGUGCUUCGGCAGCCCUUGCCGAUGCUGCCGAGCAGUUCCCCUCGCAGCUGGAGCCCACUAUUGUCGGUCUCCAGGAGCUCUAUGUCGAGAAGGCCAAGCUCCUGCAGCCCGAGUACGACCGCUUCGGUAUGGUCAUUCCCGAGACUGUCGACCGCCCUGACCCUUGGGAGUCGCGUUCCGCCAUUGCCUCGACUCUCCAGAAGCUCGCGUCGCUCAUUCCGGACUCGCUGGUCCAGACCAUUCUCGACUUCCUGAUCAAGCGCGAGGCCCUUGGUGACCGCAACGAGGAGGUUCGCCGUAGUAUGCUCAACGCGGCCAUUGCCCUUGUUGAGAUCCACGGUGCCAAGGAGAUUACCGGUCUCAUGGCCAUGUUUGAAGGCCACCUUACUGCCCCCUCGACGUCGCAGACUUCCGAUUACGUCAAGGAGGCUGUUGUCAUUCUCUUUGGUCGUCUUGCCGGCCACCUCGAUGCCUCGGACGAGCGUGUCCCCAAGGUCGUUGACCGUCUCAUCGAGGCCCUCAACACCCCCUCGGAACUCGUCCAGUCGGCGGUCGCCGACUGUCUCCCGGCGCUCGUGUCCGGUAUGGGCGAGGAGGAGGUCGAGUACCUUGUUGACCGCCUCUUCUCGACUCUCACCACUGGCAAAAAGUACGCUGCCCGUCGCGGUGCCGCUUACGGUAUUGCUGGUAUUGUCAAGGGCCGUGGUCUUCGCUCGCUCAAGGAGUACGACCUCAUGGACAAGCUCACCGAGGCUGCCGAGGACAAGGGCUCGUUUGAGAGCCGUGAAGGCGCCUGUCUCGCGUUCGAGACCCUUACCACCACCCUCGGCAAGGUGUUUGAGCCUUACAUCGUCGCGGUCAUCCCCCUCAUGCUUACCCUCUUCGGUGAUACCAACAACUACGUCCGUGAGGCCACGCAGUAUGCCGCCAAGGUUAUCAUGUCCAAGAUCUCGGGUCACUGUGUCAAGCUCAUCCUCCCCACCCUCCUCGGCGGUCUGGACGAGAAGCAGUGGCGUACCAAGAAGGGCUCCAUUGAGCUUCUUGGCUCCAUGGCCUUCUGUGCGCCCCGUCAGCUCUCGCUCUCGCUCCCCACCAUCAUUCCCCACCUUACCGACGUUAUCAACGACUCUCACGCCCAGGUCAAGUCGGCUGCCAACAAGUCCCUCAAGGGCUUCGGCGAGGUCCUCAACAACCCCGAGGUCAAGGCUAUCCAGAGCAAGCUCAUGAAGGCUCUUGCGGACCCUACCGCCAACAUUACCAGCGCUCUGUCCGCUCUUCUCAAGACCACCUUCGAGCACUACCUCGACGCUCCGUCGCUCGCGCUCGUCAUGCCCAUCAUCGACCGUGGUCUCCGCCAGCGUUCGUCCGAGACCAAGCGCAAGUCGGUCCAGAUUGUCGGUAACAUGGCAUCGCUCACCGAGGCUCGCGACCUUGUCCCCUACCUCCACGAGCUCAUGCCCCUCAUCCACGAGGUCCUUGUUGACCCCGUGCCCGAGGCGCGUGCCACCGCCGCCAAGUCGCUCGGUACCCUUGUUGAGCGUCUCGGUGAGACCAACUUCCCCGACCUCGUCGACCAGCUUCUCCAGACUCUUCGUUCGGACACGUCGGGUGUCGACCGUCAAGGUGCCGCCCAGGGCCUGUCCGAGGUUCUCUCGGGUCUUGGUAUGGAGCGCCUUGAGGGUCUCCUCCCCGAGGUUAUCACCAACACUGCCAGCCCGCGCCCCUACGUGCGUGAAGGUUUCAUUUCGCUCCUCAUUUAUCUCCCCGCCACUUUCGGUCACCGUUUCGCGCCCCACCUUGCGCGUAUCAUUCCGCCCAUCCUCAACGGUCUUGCGGACGACUCGGAGUUCGUGCGCGAGGCGUCGAUGCGUGCCGGUAAGAUGAUCAUCUCCAACUACUCGGCCAAGGCUGUCGACCUCCUCUUGCCCGAGCUCGAGAAGGGUAUGCUCGACUCGUCGUGGCGUAUCCGCCAGUCGUCCAUUUCGCUUACUGGCGAGCUUCUCUACCGUGUCACUGGUAUCAGCGGCAAGGUCGAGCUCGAGGAGGACGACACCGCUCGUGGUGCCGAGCUUGCCCGCAAGGCGCUUCUGGACACUCUCGGUGCCGAGCGUCGCGACCGUGUCCUCGCCACUCUUUACAUUGUCCGCCAGGACACUGUCAGCGUCGUUCGCCAGGCGUCCAUCCACAUCUGGAAGGCGCUCGUCCAGAACACUCCCCGCACCACCCGCGAGAUCCUGCCUGUUCUCAUGCAGCUCCUCGUCCAGCUCCUCGGAUCUACCCACAUGGACCAGCAGGAGACCGCUUCGCGCACUAUCGGCGAGCUCUGUCGCAAGAACGGCGAGCGCAUUGUUGGCGAGAUUGUUCCCAUCCUCCGCACCGCCAUUACCUCAAACGAUGCUCGUACCAAGGAGGGCGCUUGUCUUGCCUUUUCGGAUGUCAUGGAGGCUGCCUCCAAGGACGCCAUCGAGGCCCACGAGGACGUUAUCAUCUCGUCGAUCCGCGACGCCCUCGUCGACGAGGAGGCCGGAGUCCGUGCCGCCGCUGCCCGCACUUUCGACUCGAUGCAGCACUACCUCGGUGGCAAGGCUGUCGACCAGACCAUUCCCACUCUGCUCGCCGCCAUGGCCCAGCCCGGAGAGAGCUCGGAGACUGCCCUCUCUGCCCUUCGCGAGGUCAUGGCUGUCCGCGCCAACACCGUGUUCCCCAAGGUUCUCAAGGACCUCACCAAGCAGCCCAUCAGCGCGUUCAACGCCCGUGCCAUGGGUUCGCUCAUCCGCGUUUCCGGCUCGGCCCUCAACCGUCGUGUCGACGAGAUCCUCAGCGCUCUCGUGCAGACCCUCGAAGGCAGCCCCGACGAGGAGACCAAGGACGCCCUCGACGAGGCCCUCGAGGCCCUCUGCGAGACUCUGGAGGACCUGGACGGUGUCAACGCCUUUGAGAUGAAGCUCCUCGAGUGGGCCAAGGACAACAACCCCCAGCGUCGUGCCACUGCCUGUACCAUCUUUGGCAUGUUCUGCCAGCUGUCCGAGGCCGACACCGAGGACUACAACGUCAACUGGGUCCGUACCCUCAUUGGCCUCUUUGCCGACCCCGUCGAGGAGGUUGUCACUGCCGCCUGGGAGGCGCUCGACCACUUUGUCAAGACCAUUGACAAGGAGGACCUCCAGACCCUUGUUGUGCCCGUCAAGAACGCCAUUGAGGCUACCGGUGUUGCCGGUAUCCACGUGGCCGGUUUCUCGCGCCCCAAGGGUGUGCAGUCGAUUGUGCCCAUCCUGCUUGCCGGUGUUCUCAGCGGUACCCAGGAGCAGCGCCAGGAGGCUUCGAACGGUAUUGCCGACCUGGUCCAGCGUACCUCGGAGGCGGCCAUCAAGCCGUACAUUAUCCAGCUCACUGGUCCCCUUAUCCGUGUCAUCUCUGGCCAGUCCAUCUCCCCGACGAUCAAGGGUGCCAUCCUCAACACCCUCACCGUUCUCCUCGAGGAGGUGCCCCAGCUUGUUCGCCCCUUCCACCCCCAGCUUACGCGCACGUUUGUCAAGUCGGCGUCGGACCCUGCGGCCCUCUCGGUCCGCAAGAAGGCCGCCGCCGGUCUCGGCGAGCUCAUGAAGCACCAGCCCCGUGUGGACCCCCUCAUCACCGAGCUGAUCGGCGGUGUCCGCAGCGCCGAGCGCGAGGUCGCACCCUCGGUUCUCGAGGCCCUCGGUGCCGUCUGCUCGUCGGCCGGUGCCAACAUCGGUGCCGCUGCCAAGACCUCCAUCGUCGAGCUCGUCGAGGAGGCCUUCAUGGCCGGCGAGGUCGAGGCGUACAACGUGGCCGCUGCAUCCGUCGUUGCCGGCCUGGCCCAGCACGACGCCGAGGCGAUCCGCCCCAUCGCCGACACGUUCCUCGCGGCCCCCACCCCGCCCGCCGCGCUUGUGAGCCAGUGUAUCCGCGCUGUGCUCGAGACUGCCCCCGAGGCAUUCUACGCGCUCGACUGCGUCGAGGACAUUGUGCGUAAAGUGCAGACGUCGGUGGGAUCGGACGUGGGUGUCAUUGCCCGCCCGGCGCGCGAUGCCAGGGAACUGCUCCGUUCCACGCCUCCGUACGAUAAGGACCCGCAGGUGGGCGCGUUGCUGAAGUAG